AUGAAACUCCUCGUCAUUCCUGUCGUCGAAGAAAAAACUUCUUUUAAGAAGCUCAAUUAUUUUAAUCCCAAAAGUGAAUUUGACAUCGAUUGGUGUCUUGAUCUCCAUGGGUUUCUAGAUCGUGAUCAGUUCGACGCUAGACUUGAUGAAAUUAAUCAACGUAUUAGUAAAGUUCCGUUGUUGAGUAGAAGAAUAGGAACUUUUGCUAACUGGUCCUAUGGAAUAUUUUCCACUAUUAUGGUCAUAAUUAUCAUUUACGUUUUGACCAGUGCUAGGCGUUCUCUUACUGGCCCUGCUGUUAGCAUUGUACUCCAAUUCCUUGUAAGUGUUGGAUUUAUUGCCGUCAAAGCAAUAGUUGAGGACAUGAGGGAACGACGCGCGAAAAAAUUCACCGCAACCUUAAAUGUAUUGCUCAAAGAAUACAACAAAAAAGAUUUUCCAAUUUCCAAUUGGAAACUUGUGUGGCGACCGGUCAUGACUCAUUUCGAUCUAAAGAUGAAAUCAACAUCGGAUGGGAAUGUCAGCGGAAAAGCAACGCCAAAGUAUAUAGAACAAGCAGAGAUAGUGCUGGAGAUCAGCGAUUCACUUUCAGAUCUGACGACUCAAACCGUCAAGGACAAACUUGACUCAAAAGCCAAUCAUGAAAUGACCAUGAACGCUGUGUAG